AUGGGUUUCCGCUUACCUGGCAUUAGAAGGGCUUCCUUUUCAGCAAACCUUACAUCUUCAAAAUGCGGUGAGGUGCCAAAAGGCUAUCUUGCAGUGUAUGCUGGAGAGAAAAUGAAGAGAUUUGUGAUUCCCAUAGCAUACUUGAACCAACCUUCCUUCCAAGACUUGCUGAGCCAAGCUGAAGAAGAAUUUGGUUAUGAUCAUCCUAUGGGUGGCCUCACGAUUCAUUGCGCUGAAGAUGCUUUUGAGAAUAUAAUUUCUCGCUUGAAUAGGUGCUAA